AUGUCUAAAAUAUAUUUUCAUCCGUAUCGUGAUCCACAUUUCAAGGGAACUGAUGAAGACCGCCAACGGGUAUUAAAAAUGUCAAAAACCCUUUAUAUAGGAAAUAUGUCAUUUUCCACAACAGAGUCACAAGUAUAUGAAUUGUUUUCACGUUGUGGGGAAAUAAGUAACUUAGUUAUGGGUCUAGACAAAUUUAAAUUAACACCUUGCGGAUUCUGCUUCGUGGAAUAUGAUCAACGUUCGGAAGCGGAGGAUGCAAUGCGCUAUCUAAACAGUACGCGCCUGGAUGAUCGAGUUAUUACAGUUGAUUGGGAUACUGGGUUUGUUGAGGGCCGUCAAUAUGGUCGAGGUAAGACUGGCGGUCAAGUACGUGAUGAACUCCGUACUAACUAUGAUGAGCAGAGGGGGGGUUUUGGCAAGGUGUUGUCAAAAGAAAUAAUGUUAAAAAAUAAAAUUGUUAAACAAAUCUUAAAAGAAUAA